AUGUACUUCGCGAAUUCGCUUAUCAAUACGGACAAAAUUGAGUAUUUCAAUCGAAAGCUUUGGUUUCACGAUGGCAACAUUCUCCAUAUAACUCAGCCAAACUUCUGGUCUGCGUUUCAACAGUAUAGAAAUGUGAACAGACAUAUCGAUUGGCUUGAUAAUGAAAUAUCUUCGAUAAAUAAUCAAAUAAAUACAAUUAAACAACACAUUCUUCUGCUCUCUCAUACUCAACGCAAACCGUCUUCGGUGAAUGUCAGUUCUCUAAAUGUUACAUUCUUAUCUCUAAACAAUAAAACAUCGUCUCCUUCUCCCUCACCAAUCAAAAUUGUUCGAAAUCAACGAAACAUUCAGAUUAUCAAACUUCUCUCUACUGAAUCAUUAUUCGACGACUAUCGGGAAGACUUAAUAGAAAUCUACGAAAUCGUUUUGAAAACAACGAUUGAAUGUAUUGCGAUUGUAGUGGAAAAGCAUUCAGUAGAAAAAUAUCUUUUUAUCAAAUUAUCCAAUGGUACAAUCGACUCGUAUCAAAUGAUCAGAAGUAAAUCACUACGAGAAACCUCCUGGCGAAUGAAUCAAUCGUUAUCAGUAUGGAACAAUGCUGAUCGACGACUUGAGUAUUAUCGAAGAUUUAUUCAAGAUAACAAAACAAAUGUGAUUAUGCUUAGUGAUCAACUAACUGAAAUCAAAAGUCGUCCGAAAUUGCAAAGUGCACAUUUCUUCUACAUGAUGGAACAAAUUCUUCGCGUCAAGUACCAUACUGAUCCAUCUAGUCUUUCCUGUAUAUUAGAAUCAUUUUUCGAUAGCAUUUAUACGUGUGAUGGUCGAUUAGUCUAUCCUCAUGAAUUGCGACUUCUAUCAAAUGAUAAUUUAUUCGUCUUUUAUGCUGUGAUGAUGGAUACAAAAGUUGAUAAGCAAAUUUAUCCAUUGAAUAAAAACAAUCGCAUCAGACACGGUGACCAAAUCUACUUUCUCUUCAACAAUCAUCCACAAUUUCAUUCAUUAUCGGCGUUAUCUUGUCCGGAAUGUAUUCGCAAUGAGAAAACCUUUCUUUUCGACAUUAACCAAGAAAUCAUCGAGCGUCAUGUUGAUAAUGGGAUAGACGAAACUCCUCCAACAUUUUCAGUUGAAGAAAAUCUGUUACAUACCAAUAUUCAAAACUUUAUCGUGUACGCAUUUGUGACUAGUAUCGUUCUCUAUGCUUUGUUCGGGAUAUUCUUAAGUCGGAGGCAGAUCUUUCAGAGAUUGUCGGGUAGAAAGCAGUCAACAACAUCGCGACGUCAUCGACAAUUUUCAAGCAUUAAAAAAUUUUUAUUCAAAUAG